AGACCUCCUCCUUGCUCGUCGACCUGCGGGUGAGUACGGACGACACACAACUCUCCGAAGCGGAGCAAGCGGAGAGAAAGUUAGAAGAUGGGGGGUGGGGCGUCAAAAGACAAGCCGAGCAACGAGCCGAGCGAGACGCCAGAGUCGCAGUCGGAUGUGCGUGGGAGCGGAAAGAGCAAGAGCAAGAGCAAGAGCAAGAGCAAGGGCAAGGAGUCUGUGAAGAGCUCGAUCAAGACAGGCAAGAGCAAGGGCAAGGGCAAGGGCAAAGGAAAGGGCAAGGGCGGCAGUGGAGGCAAGAAGAAGGAGGACGACUACAAGCUCGAGACUUUUGUGCACGAGGACGGGACGACUUAUCAGGUGUGCGUGGCGCGUGGUGGGGAUCGGUACUACCUGGACCCGGCCAAGGACGACUGGGAGCCGUUCCCGAAGGAGUGGCUCAAGCGUGGCAAGUUCCAAGAGUUCCAAAAGGUGGUGUUUGUGACGUGGACCGAUGUGGCGACAGGCAUGGAGUAUCUGACGUUUGAGGACUCGGGCGUGCGGUACUACUGCGACUUUCAGCUUGGCGAGUGGGUUCAGUUCCCGGAAGAGUGGGAGGAUGCGCGGAAGGGCACGUUUGGCGGCGAGGUUGAUCCGGACGAGUGGGCACAGAAGCAUGAGCCGUCGGCGGUCGGCGGCUCGCAGUCUGUUGAGGCGCAGGUCUCGACGUACGAGGCGCCCACGGGCGAGGUAUACACCACGUACAUGGGCGAGGAGGUGACCCAAGUGUGGUACUACCUCGACGAUGCUGAGCUCAAGUGGAAAAAGAUGCCGCCGUCAUGGGUUCGCGACAUGAAGGAGAAGGCCGGCAUUCCGCUCGAAGAGCACGAGCAGCAGAUGCUGGGUGGGGCGGUGGAACAGGGCGACGCGGUGGAGCAGCUCGAGAAGGAGGUCCGCAACCUCAAGACCAAGCUCAAGCUCGCCCAGAAGCGUGCCAAGCGGGUGAAGGAGGUCGAGACCAUCCGCGACACGCUCAAGGAGGAGCACGACCGGACCGAGACCAAGUUUGAGGAGAUCAUGGCCUCAAACCGGCAGCUGUCCAAGGAGAAGCUCGACCUUAAGAAGAAGGUCCGUGAGCUGACCAAGAACAACCGCCGGCUCAAGAAGGACCUCGACGACGCGGCCAAGAACGUCAAGAUCGAAUCCAAGCUCCGGGCAUCGGCCGAUACCGAGGAGCUGCUAGAGCGCAAGGAUGCCGAGAUUGCCAAGCUCAAGGCCAAGAACGCUGAGAUGUCGUCGGCGCUCAACGCGUACUCGGAGGCACAGAACUCGGUCCGUGUUGUCGGCUCGGCCAUCGGCUCGCUCGACGACCAGGUCGAUGCCCUUCGCAAGGAGGCCAAGGCGCUCCGUAAGGCGCUCAUCGAGCAGCAGCAAGAGUUUGUGGCCAUCAUGGCCGACAUCUCGUCGGCGCUCGAUGCCAAGCUGGAGGACACCACCCGCGCCAUCCAGGAGUAUCAGUCCAAGUACCGGGCCGAGUCGCUCAAGCGGAAGCUCCUCUACAACCAGCUGCAGGAGCUCCGCGGCAACAUUCGCGUCUACUGCCGUGCCCGUGGCCUCCUUCCCAAGGAGGUCCAGGCCGGCUUCCGCGAGUGCACCAGCUUCCCCGGCGAGGGCGAGGUCUCCAUCACUUCGGACGACGGCAAGGUUAAGGCCUUUGAGUUUGACUCGGUCUUUGGACCGGGGGCGACCCAGGACGAGGUCUUUGAGGACAUGGAGCCGCUUAUCCUCUCGGCCAUCGACGGCUACAACGUUUGCGUCUUUGCCUACGGCCAGACCGGUGCUGGUAAGACCUUUACCAUGAUGGGCCCCAAGAACAACCGCGGUGUCAACUUCCGCGCCCUUGACAAGCUCUUCCGCUCCACCGAUUCGGACUCGGACGCAGACUAUGAGAUCCUCGUCUCGUACCUCGAGAUCUACAACGAGGAGAUUCGUGACCUGCUCAACCCGCAGCAGUCCGAAAAGGGCUGGGGCAAGUCGGGCUCGUCGUCCAAGAAGCUCGACAUCCGCCGUGGCCCGCACGGUAUGGAAGUGCCGGACAUCACCCUCGAACCCGUCGCCUCGACCCAAGACGUCAUGGCCAUCAUGGCCAAGGGCGACAAGGCACGGUCAGUCACGGCCACGGCCAUGAACGACGUCUCGUCGCGCUCGCACUCGAUCAUGCAGGUCCGCAUCACCUCGACGAACCGCAUCUCGGGCGCAAAGGCCUUUGGCAAGCUCACACUCGUCGAUCUUGCCGGUUCAGAGCGCGUCGGCAAGUCCAAGGCCACCGGCCAGGCCCUUGCUGAGGCCGCCGCCAUCAACAAGUCGCUCUCUGCCCUCGGCAACUGCAUUUCCGCCAUCUCCUCCGGCAAACCGCACGUGCCCUACCGCGACUCUAAGCUCACCUACCUGCUGCAGGAUUCGAUCGGCGGUGACUCUAAGACCCUCCUCUUUGCCAACAUCAAUCCGGCCUCGGAGCACUUUACCGAGACCGUCUGCACCCUCCAGUUUGCCACACGCGUCCGCUCUGUCGUCCUCGGCCCGGCCUCCAGGAACUCCACAGGCAGCGGGCCGAAGGUCCGCGGUGCUGGUGGCCUCGUCCCGAAGCUCCCCGAUGGACGUGCUGUCUCGGUCUCGAUGCCGCCCAAGGCCUAGCGCCUAGCUACAGAGUAACACGGAGAAUCUUGUCUC